UCUGUUCUGUACAUUGUCCAAUUGGUUAUUCUGACAGCUGAUCUCACAUUUACCAAGACAGCACCAACAUCCCAACACAAAUUAUCUCAUUAUCACAAGACAAAAAGUAUAUGCAAGGUGUCAUGUCAGGUGCUUUGUACUCCAGAGUGUGACUUCAAAUGUUGUUUGCCUCAACCAAAGUGCGCGUCUUACUGCCCUCAGUCGUGCUACCCUGAUUGCAAGCCUGAUUGCUGUGGAAAGUCUCCAGAAGCAUUGCGGGAUAACUUGAAAUGCCCAGGACGCUGUCGUAUCCAUUGUUACGCAGAAUGCGAUGCAUCRUGUUGCAUAUCUACACGUACAAAUAUCGUUGAACAGUCAUCUAUAGCUCGACUGRCUCAAAGGAAUSAUUUGGACGGUAGUAAUUGGCAAUCAACAGGGACCCAAAGGUCUUUGGUCAUGAAGUAUUGCCCGCCAUUAUGCCCAAGGCAUUGUUUACCUUUAUGUUCUGCUUCAUGCUGUGCAAURUUGCCCCCGGUACCACCCCUGCAAGGCAUUUGUCCUCAGCAGUGCAUGUAUUUUUGUCAUCCGUAUUGUGAACCAAAGUGCUGUGUACAGCAGUCCCAUGAUCCGUCUCGACUACAAACGUCUCACUCCCUACCCAUACCACGAAGAAGCUUUCCUAAAGCUCCUUCCAUUGCUCCCCCCUUAUAUCAACAGCCUUUGAUUUCGUGCCCUCYUCCUUGUCAAUCAAAAUGCUUUCCACARUGCACSAGAGAGUGUUGCAAGUCUUUGAAUMAGGCUCCUGAYGUCAUAGUUCUGAUUCCUCGCCCUCCAGAUGUUUGCCCAGCACCUUGUCCAAGCUCAUGUUAUCCAAAAUGUGACAAAGACUGUUGUUGUUCGAAGGCAUCUCAGGCCGCGAAUGGCAUAUGUGCCUUGAUUUAAUUCUUUGAGUGUUGCAAUUUCAGAAAUUCCUGGAAUUUUGUAUGAAAAAUCCUCGAGUCUUAAGUGUGAAGACAUUGUUUUUUGACGAAGAUAGCACUUUGAGCUGAACUGACUUCAUUUUUCCAUAAAUGAUCGAGUUAUUUCAAUGAGCAUAUACAUUGUAAAAUUAAAGAGUCCCUUAAUGUCAUAUUAUCAAAUAAUGAAAAUAUGACAUUAUAGCAUUUUARAAGAUCAUUGUUCAGAAAAGUGCAAUCCUAUAAAUGAGAAAUAUGUCCGGCAUCCAUYUCAUUGUUACCAUUGAUUUAAUUUCAAAUGUAAAAAAUCUAAUUAUCUUUUUCAAAACUUGUGUAAUUCUUUUCCGUCGAUAUGAAAAUAAUGUUUUAUUACAGAAGCUACAUUAAGAAUAUUUUGUACACCUUGCAUAACAACAACACUAAAKAUAGCAAGCAUAUUGGUAAUAAUGCCUUCUGCGCAUGAUCAGAUAUUCUUAGAGCUAGUAGCUUUGUGAUUUGCCUGUAACAUGUGUUGUAGUUUAUUAGAGCAAGCUCAGGUUUAUCUGGGACUGUCAGUCAUUUAGCGCUGAUCACAUACAGCAAGUYGUAGGACGCAAUACUCUUAAGUACAAUAGGUCGUGUUUUGACAGACCUGCAUCAUAUCUCCUCAUCAGUUGAUGGUCCUCAUAUAACGAUAGAUAAAUCACUUGAUAAGUACGUGCAUUAGUACUCGUYCAAUUAAUGCAGUAACUCUGUUCUGACUGUUCUUGUUACAAGGGUUGCUGUGCCAGCGGCAAASGAUUUUAGAAUAUCAUAACACAAAUCUGUGUAAAAUGACUCUUAAAAAAAUGUGGCAAAUUCAAUCAAAAAAGUAUAUAAUAUCAGAUCUAUUGUAAACAUCAGGUCAAUCUUACAUUAUCACCAACCAGMAAGCGAUCUCUGGUUACAUCCAUAAAAAGAGAAAUACAAAACUAUCAAAUCCUGUAGUUUCUUUAAAGUUGCCGAAGCUACGCACUUGCUGCUUUUAAUGUUUCCGGAAAAACAGGAUUAUACAUGAUCAGUGGGAUGUUUUUUGUACUUUUUAUAUGUAUCACCUCUAGCAACAGAAAAGCAYUGCAAAUUUCCUUUUUACUUAAACUUCAAAGAGGAAUAGCGAUUUACKGUUAGAAGGAASCUGAGAGUGACUUUAUCAAAGCAAGGUGAGAAAUCACUUGCAAUACAAACACAUGAAAGCGACAAGUUCUUUCAUUAUUUCUAACAUUUAGUAA